GCUGCCACCGCCUCCUCCUCCAUCUCCUGGAGCUGGAGCCGCCUCCUCGGCCAGUGGCGUAGCCGGACUCGGUGUUGGGGCCAAGUAGAUAGGGGUGGAGGCCCCGAGCCCGGUCUGGACCUGAGCGGGGGGCCAUGGAGAAAGCGGCCCGAAGCGCUCUCCACACCAACUAACGCGGGCCCGCUGCUGCUGCAGAAGCCAUGGACCGAGCCCCCGCAGACCAGAAUGUCAAGCUGUCAGCUGAAGUAGAGCCAUUUAUUCCCCAGAAGAAGAAUCCUGAUACAAUUAUGAUACCUAUGGCGCUCCCAAAUGAUAAUGGAAGUGUUUCUGGUAUUGAACCAACUCCAAUUCCCAGCUACCUGAUUACUUGUUACCCAUUUGUGCAAGAAAACCAGUCCAAUAGACAAUUUCCAUUAUAUAACAAUGAUAUUCGAUGGCAGCAGCCCAGUCCAAACCCUGCUGGACCAUACCUUGCUUACCCUAUUAUAUCUGCUCAGCCUCCUGUUUCUACAGAGUAUACAUAUUACCAACUGAUGCCGGCGCCAUGUGCCCAAGUUAUGGGUUUUUAUCAUCCUUUUCCUACACCUUACUCUAACACCUUUCAGGCCACAAAUACUGUAAAUACUAUAACUGCAGAAUGUACUGAACGUCCAAAUCAGCUUGGACAAGUUUUCCCAUUGUCUAGUCAUAGAAGCAGAAACAAUAACAGAGGACCAGUGGUACCAAAACAACAGCUUUUACAACAGCAUAUAAAAAGCAAGAGGCCAUUGGUGAAAAAUGUAGCUACUCAAAAAGAGACAAAUGCAGCAGGUCCUGAUAAUCGAUCAAAAAUUGUGCUUCUGGUAGAUGCAUCACAACAGACUGAUUUUCCGUCAGAUAUUGCUAACAAGUCUCUCUCCGAGAGCACUGCCACAAUGCUCUGGAAGUCAAAAGGCAGAAGGAGAAGAGCAUCCCAUCCCACUGCAGAAUCUUCUAGUGAGCAGGGGGCUAGUGAAGCUGACAUUGACAGUGAUAGUGGUUACUGCAGUCCUAAACACAGCAACAACCAAUCUGCAGCAGGAGCUUUGAGAAAUCCUGAUUCUGGGACCAUAAAUCAUAUGGAAUCAUCUAUAUGUUCAGGUGGUGUAAAUUGGUCCAAUGUAACUUGCCAGGCAACUCAGAAAAAACCUUGGAUGGAAAAACAUCAGACAUUUUCUAGAGGUGGAAGGCAAACUGAACAAAGAAAUAAUGCACAGGUUGGAUUCAGAUGUCGAGGACAUAGUACUUCCUCAGAAAGAAGACAAAAUUUGCAAAAGAGACAAGAUAAUAAACAGUUAAACCCCAGUCAAUCCCAUAGAGGCGAACCAAAUCCUGAGUCUUUAUAUUUUGAGGAUGAAAAUGAGUUUCAAGAACUACAUGAGAGUGGAAAUGCUAAAGAUGAGAAUAUUCAACAGAAACUUUCCUCAAAAGUAUUGGAUGAUUUACCUGAAAAUUCACCAAUCAAUAUAGUUCAGACUCCAAUUCCUAUUACGACCUCUGUUCCCAAACGUGCAAAGAGUCAGAAGAAGAAAGCUUUAGCAGCAGCUCUUGCUACAGCUCAAGAAUAUUCAGAAAUAAGUAUGGAGCAAAAAAAAUUACAGGAAGCUUUGUCAAAGGCAGCUGGAAAAAAGAAUAAAACACCUGUGCAGCUAGAUUUGGGAGACAUGUUAGCUGCUCUGGAGAAACAACAGCAGGCAAUGAAAGCACGGCAGAUUACUAAUACUCGACCUCUGUCAUAUACAGUGGCCACUGCAGCUUCUUUUCACACUAAAGACUCUGCUAGCAGAAAAUCUUUAACCAAAAGUCAGACAUCCUUAAGUUCUUUAGACAUUACUUCCUCCAAAGCAAAAAAAGGAAAAGAGAAGGAAAUUGCAAAACUAAAACGACCUACAGCACUUAAAAAGGUAAUUUUGAAAGAAAGAGAGGAAAAGAAGGGGCGCUUAACUGUGGACCACAGUCUUUUGGGAUCUGAGGAACCAGUAGAAAUGCCCCUAGAUUUUAUUGAUGAUCUGCCACAGGAGGUGGUUUCCCAGGAAGAUACUGGACUGAGCAUGCCCAGUGAUACUUCACUCUCUCCAGCAAGUCAGAACUCUCCAUAUUGUAUGACACCUGUGUCACAAGGCUCUCCUGCUAGUUCUGGGAUAGGCAGUCCAAUGGCAUCUUCAACAAUAACCAAAAUCCACAGCAAAAGAUUUAGAGAGUAUUGUAAUCAGGUUCUUUGUAAAGAGAUUGAUGAAUGUGUGACUCUUCUUCUCCAAGAGCUUGUCAGUUUCCAGGAACGCAUUUACCAAAAGGAUCCUGUAAGAGCAAAAGCAAGGAGACGACUGGUUAUGGGCCUAAGAGAGGUUACCAAACAUAUGAAGUUAAACAAGAUCAAGUGUGUUAUAAUUUCUCCAAACUGUGAAAAAAUCCAGUCCAAAGGUGGCUUGGAUGAGGCGCUCUAUAAUGUCAUAGCCAUGGCACGGGAACAAGAAAUUCCUUUUGUGUUUGCCCUUGGAAGAAAAGCUCUGGGACGCUGUGUGAACAAGUUGGUUCCUGUUAGUGUAGUGGGAAUCUUCAACUACUUUGGUGCUGAGAGCCUGUUUAAUAAGUUAGUAGAACUCACUGAAGAAGCCAGGAAAGCAUAUAAAGAUAUGGUUGCAGCAAUGGAGCAAGAGCAGGCUGAGGAAGCCUUAAAGAAUGUGAAAAAGGUACCCCACCACAUGGGGCAUUCUCGGAAUCCCUCUGCAGCAAGUGCAAUUUCUUUCUGCAGUGUUAUUUCUGAACCUAUCUCUGAAGUAAAUGAAAAAGAAUAUGAAACAAAUUGGAGAAACAUGGUGGAAACUUCAGAUGGACUGGAAACAUCAGAAAAUGAGAGAGAGGUUUCCUGUAAGCACAGCACAUCUGAAAAAGCCAGUAAGCUUCCAUUUGACACAACCCUUACUGGUAAGCAGCCAUCGUUAGUGACUGUAGGCGGUACUACCUCAGCUACAAACCCUGGUAAGUCUACAGCAAGCGAUAAAGAGGAAGUGAAGCCAGAUGACCUAGAAUGGGCCUCACAGCAGAGUACAGAGACUGGUUCUUUGGAUGGCAGUUGCCGAGAUCUUUUGAAUUCCUCCAUCACCAGCACCACUAGCACUCUUGUACCUGGCAUGCUUGAAGAAGAGGAUGAUGAGGAGGAGGAAGAGGAGGAAGAUUAUACUCAUGAACCCAUAUCUGUAGAAGUGCAGCUCAAUAGUAGAAUUGAAUCUUGGGUCUCAGAGACCCAGAGAACUAUGGAAACCCUUCAGCUUGGAAAAACCCUUAAUGGUUCUGAGGAAGACAAUGCAGAGCAAAGUGGAGAAGAGGAGGCAGAGGUGCCUGAGCCGCUGGAGCCAGGGGUAGAGAGUGAGGCAUGGACCACUGACCAGCAAGCAAGUCAUGAGCAACAGAAGCCCAGCACCUGCAGUUCACUGAACAAAGAGCACUCUGCUUCAAAUUAUACACCCCAAAAUAUAUAACUCAGGAAAUGUCAUCAUUCUCCAACUGUGUAAGGGUUGCAGCCAUUACCUUUUAUGCUUCAUCUCAACAUUUUGCACUGUUCAGUAUUUAAUACAUGUAUUUAAUUCCCAACA